AUGACUGCUGACGAAGAUAAAAAAACUCAUUACGAUGCUUCUGGAGCUUCAGCUGUUGAUGAUAAGACAGCAACGGCGAUUUUAAGAAGAAAAAAAAAGGAUAAUGCUUUAGUUGUUGAUGAUGCUACAAAUGAUGAUAAUUCAGUUAUUACAAUGUCUUCAAAUACAAUGGAAUUAUUACAAUUAUUUCGUGGUGAUACUGUUUUAGUUAAAGGUAAAAAAAGAAAAGAUACUGUUUUAAUUGUUUUAGCUGAUGACGAUAUGGAUGAUGGUGUGGCAAGAAUUAAUAGAUGUGUUCGUAAUAAUUUAAAAGUCAGAUUAGGUGAUAUUAUUACUGUUCAUCCAUGUCCUGAUAUUAAAUAUGCAAAUAGAAUUUCUGUAUUACCAAUUGCUGAUACUGUUGAAGGUAUUACAGGUUCAUUAUUUGAUAUCUAUUUAAAACCUUAUUUUGUUGAAGCUUAUAGGCCAGUUAGAAAAGGCGAUUUAUUUACUGUUAGAGGUGGUAUGAGACAAGUAGAAUUUAAAGUUGUUGAAGUUGAUCCUGAAGAAAUUGCCAUUGUUGCUCAAGAUACUAUAAUUCAUUGUGAAGGUGAGCCAAUAAAUCGUGAAGAUGAAGAAAAUAAUUUAAAUGAUGUUGGUUAUGAUGAUAUUGGAGGUUGUAAAAAACAAAUGGCUCAAAUCAGAGAAUUGGUUGAAUUACCGUUAAGACAUCCUCAAUUAUUUAAAUCAAUUGGUAUUAAACCACCAAAAGGUAUUUUAAUGUACGGUCCUCCAGGUACUGGUAAAACUAUUAUGGCAAGAGCAGUUGCUAAUGAAACUGGUGCUUUUUUCUUUUUAAUUAAUGGUCCAGAAAUUAUGUCAAAAAUGGCUGGUGAAUCAGAAUCAAAUUUAAGAAAAGCUUUUGAAGAAGCUGAAAAAAAUUCUCCAUCUAUAAUAUUUAUCGAUGAAAUUGAUUCAAUUGCUCCAAAAAGAGAUAAAACAAAUGGUGAAGUUGAAAGAAGAGUUGUUUCACAAUUAUUAACUUUAAUGGAUGGUAUGAAGGCAAGAUCAAAUGUUGUUGUUAUUGCUGCUACUAAUAGACCAAAUUCAAUUGAUCCUGCUUUAAGAAGAUUUGGUAGAUUUGAUAGAGAAGUUGAUAUUGGUGUACCUGAUGCUGAAGGUAGAUUAGAAAUUUUAAGAAUUCAUACAAAAAAUAUGAAAUUAGCUGAAGAUGUUGAUUUAGAAGCAAUUGCUGCUGAAACUCAUGGUUUUGUUGGUGCUGAUAUUGCUUCAUUAUGUUCAGAAGCUGCAAUGCAACAAAUUAGAGAAAAAAUGGAUUUAAUUGAUUUAGAAGAAGAGACUAUUGAUACUGAAGUUUUAGAUUCUUUAGGUGUUACACAAGAUAAUUUUAGAUUUGCCCUUGGUAAUUCAAAUCCAUCAGCAUUACGUGAAACUGUUGUUGAAAAUGUUAAUGUUACAUGGGAUGAUAUUGGUGGUUUAGAUAAUAUUAAAAAUGAAUUGAAAGAAACUGUUGAAUAUCCUGUUUUACAUCCAGAUCAAUAUCAAAAAUUUGGUUUAGCACCAACAAAAGGUGUUUUAUUUUUUGGACCACCAGGUACUGGUAAAACAUUAUUGGCAAAAGCAGUUGCAACUGAAGUUUCAGCAAAUUUUAUAAGUGUUAAAGGACCAGAAUUAUUAAGUAUGUGGUAUGGUGAAUCAGAAUCAAAUAUUCGUGAUAUUUUUGAUAAAGCAAGAGCAGCAGCACCAACAGUUGUAUUUUUAGAUGAAUUAGAUUCAAUUGCAAAAUCAAGAGGUGGAUCUCAAGGUGAUGCAGGAGGAGCAUCAGAUAGAGUUGUUAAUCAAUUAUUAACAGAAAUGGAUGGUAUGAAUGCUAAAAAAAAUGUAUUUGUAAUUGGUGCAACAAACAGACCAGAUCAAAUAGAUCCUGCAUUAUUAAGACCUGGUAGAUUAGAUCAAUUAAUUUAUGUUCCAUUACCAGAUGAAGCAGCAAGAUUAUCAAUUUUACAAGCUCAAUUAAGAAAUACACCAUUAGAACCAGGAUUAGAUUUAAAAGAAAUUGCAAAAAUUACAAAUGGAUUUUCAGGUGCUGAUUUAUCAUAUAUUGUACAAAGAUCAGCAAAAUUUGCAAUUAAAGAUUCAAUUGAAGCACAAGUUAAAUUGAAUCAAAUUAAAGAAGAAAAGAAGAACGGAGAAGAUGUUGAUAUGAAAGGUGAAGGUGAACAAGAAGAAGAAGAAGAAGAAGAUCCAGUACCAUAUAUAACCAGAGCUCAUGUUGAAGAAGCAAUGAAGACAGCAAAAAGAUCAGUUAGCGAUGCAGAAUUACGUCGUUAUGAAGCAUAUGCUCAACAAUUACAAGCAUCAAGAGGUCAAUUUACAAAUUUUAGAUUUACUGAAAAUCAAGGAGUAAAUGAUAAUGGAACUAUAAAUUCGAAUUCAGGAGGAGCAGCAUUUGGUAAUGUUGAAGAAGAUGAUGAUUUGUAUAGUUAG